GAUGGUCUCAGUGGGUUUACAAUGGCACAAUGGCUUCCCGGAGGUCGGCCUUAGCCUCGCAGAAUGAGAUCGCCGGGAACGAUCCUCUACGGGAGUUAUUUGAGGCUUGCAGGAACGGAGACCUAGUGCGGGUGAAGAAGUUAGUGUCGCCACAGAAUGUUAACGCGAGGGACACAGCAGGGAGGAAGUCGUCGCCAUUACAUUUCGCAGCAGGUUUUGGCCGAAGAGAUGUGGUAGAGCACUUGUUGAAUCUUGGAGCAGCUGUUGGAGCUCGUGAUGAUGGUGGUUUGAUCCCACUACACAACGCUUGCUCAUUUGGUCACGCUGAAGUUGUUUCUCUUCUUCUAAAACACGGGGCCGACCCAAACGCCAGAGAUAACUGGAAUUACACGCCGCUCCACGAGGCUGCAUCAAAGUCAAAGUUUGACGUUUGCAUCGUUCUGCUUCAAAACGGUGCAGAUCACACUAUCCGCAACACGGACGGAAAAACGGCGUUAGAUCUGGCUGACACCUACGCUCGCUCUGUACUUACAGGUGAGUACAAGAAGGAAGAGCUACUGGAGGCAGCCAGGGCUGGUAACGAAGAUCGUCUAUUAACGCUUUUAACUCCUCUCAACGUGAAUUGUCACGCCUCAGAUGGACGUAAGUCCACCCCCUUGCACCUGGCUGCAGGAUACAACAGAACAGAAAUAGUAACCAUCCUGCUUCAACAUGGAGCUGAUGUACAUGCCAAGGACAAGGGCAGGGGUCUAGUUCCGUUGCACAACGCUUGCUCAUAUGGCCACUUUGAGGUCACAGAGUUGCUCAUCAAGCACGGUGCCAACGUCAACGCCAUGGACCUCUGGCAGUUUACUCCUCUUCAUGAGGCAGCUUCAAAGUCACGGGUUGAGGUGUGUUCUCUGUUGUUGGCCCAUGGUGCUGACCCAACACUCCUCAAUUGUCACUCUAAGUCUGCCAUUGAUGUUGCUCCUUCUAGAGAGCUACAAGAGCGGCUGACAUAUGAGUAUAAAGGUCACAGUUUACUAGAAGCUUGUCGCCAGGCUGAUGCUGCACGUCUUAAGAAAUUCCUGUCUCCAGAGAUUGUCAACUUUAAACAUCCGUACACUGGCAACACACCACUUCAUUGUGCAGUUGGGUCGACUGGUGGCAAACGUCGGAGCGUAGUUGAAGCCUUGCUGAGGAAAGGAGCUCCUUUACAAGAAAAAAAUAAGGAAUUCCUCACUCCUCUUCAUCUUUCAGCAGACAAAGGACAUUAUGAAAUUAUGGAACUAUUACUUAAACACGGCUCAAAAGUUAAUGCUCUAGAUGGACUUGGUCAAACUGCUCUUCAUCGGUGUGGUAAGGAGGGUGACGUACAAGCCUGCCGUGUCCUGCUACAAUUUGGUGUUGACCCCACCAUUGUAUCUCUCCAAGGCUACACUGCCACACAAGUUGCCACAGAUCCUGUCCAACGAUUACUACAUGAGGAUCCCCCGGGACCAGGAGUAGACAGUGAACAGCAGCUUUUAGAAGCAUCAAAAUCUGGUGAUAUUGAGUGUGUCCGACGCAUCCUCACUUCCCAACCUCACCUAGUAAAUGUACGAGAUCUGGAUGGACGUCACUCAACGCCCUUACAUUUUGCGGCAGGUUACAAUCGUGUCCCCAUUGUGGAGUAUCUUCUUCAGCAUGGAGCAGAUGUUCAUGCUAAAGACAAAGGUGGUCUGGUACCCCUUCAUAAUGCUUGCUCAUAUGGUCACUACGAGGUCACUGAACUGCUUGUACGCCACGGAGCCAGUGUUAAUGUUGCUGAUCUCUGGAAGUUCACACCACUCCAUGAAGCUGCUGCAAAAGGAAAAUAUGACAUUGUUAAACUAUUAUUAAAGCAUGGAGCUGAUGUAAAUAGAAAAAACAGAGAUGGUCACACAGCACUAGACUUGGUGAAGGAAAGUGACCAGGAUGUUGCAGACUUACUGCGAGGUGAUGCUGCCUUACUCGACGCUGCUAAGAAGGGCAACCUGGCACGGGUUCAGAAACUACUCAACCCAGAAAACAUUAACUGCAGAGAUUCUCAGGGUCGCAACUCAACACCGCUGCACUUGGCUGCAGGAUACAACAAUUUAGAGGUUGCUGAAUAUCUUUUAGAAAAUGGAGCUGAUGUAAAUGCACAGGAUAAGGGUGGACUCAUCCCUCUUCACAAUGCCUCUUCAUAUGGCCAUCUGGAUAUUGCAGCUCUGCUCAUUAGGUUUCAGACAGCUGUAAAUGCCACAGAUAGAUGGGGAUUCACACCCCUACAUGAAGCAGCUCAGAAGGGACGAACUCAACUGUGUGCCCUCUUGUUGGCUCAUGGUGCUGACCCUUACCUCAAGAACCAGGAAGGUCAAACUCCACUACACUUGGCAACGGCUGAUGAUGUGAGAAGUUUGUUACAAGAUGCCAUGAUGAGUCAGCCAAGCCUAACACCAGCUGUAGGUGGGGCAGCUCCUCCGCCAGCCUCCCCUGCGUCUCCCAAGCCACCUGGAACACCCUCGAAGGCAGCUACCCAGGCAACAGUCUCCCCAGCACCAUCGCUCAUAUCUAUCAACAACAUUGGUGCUGAAGUUGAAACAGUAAUGAUGCCUUCUGGUGCCAGUUUAACCUUUACACCUGUCAUGUGUUCAUCACCUGGAAUUGGGGAUGGCUGCUGUGACCACUCUCGAUGUGAGACUAGUCCUGGAACUCCCGUUAAUAUGAGUAUUGCCUCAUUCCUUAACAGCUUGGGUUUGGAACAUCUGCGAGAUAUAUUUGAGAGAGAGGACAUCACUCUUGACAUUUUAGCAGAAAUGGGUCAUGAAGAGCUAAAAACUAUAGGGAUCAACGCCUAUGGCCACCGACACAAGUUGCUCAAGGGAGUCGAGAAGUUACUUAUUCAACACAAUGGGUUGGUCGGGAGUGCGUGUAGUAAUAGCAGUAGUGGAAAUGGGUCAUCCCAAGGAACUCUUCUGUUGGACCUGUGUCGAGAGGACAGGGAGUUUAUCGCAGUUGAGGAGGAGAUGCAGGCAACCAUCAGGGAACACAGAGACAAUGGCCAUGCAGGAGGAGUCUUCUCCAAGUACAAUAUUGUUAAGAUUCAAAAGGUUCGCAACAAACGUCUCUGGGAGCGUUAUGCCCAUCGGAGACGAGAGGUAGCAGAAGAAAGUAACGGGCAGUCCACAGAGAGAAUGCUCUUCCAUGGCUCUCCAUUCAUUUCUGCCAUUGUGCAAAAAGGCUUUGAUGAAAGACAUGCCUAUAUUGGUGGGAUGUUUGGUGCAGGUAUCUAUUUUGCGGAACAUUCCUCCAAGAGCAACCAGUAUGUUUAUGGAAUAGGAGGUGGAAGUGGGUGCCCCGUGCACAAAGAUCGGUCUUGUUACUCCUGUUACAGACAACUGCUUCUGUGUCGUGUGACAUUGGGCAAGUCAUUUCUUCAGUUCUCGGCGAUGAAGAUGGCUCAUGCUCCUCCCGGUCACCACUCAGUUGUUGGACGACCCAGUGCUGGGGGCCUGUGCUAUCCUGAGUAUGUUGUCUAUCGGGGAGAACAGGCUUAUCCAGAGUACCUCAUCACCUACCAGAUUGUCAAGCCUGAGGAGACAGGCCCAAAAGAAGAUGGUGCCCGGGACAAUGACUGACCAGUGUUGACGGUAAAUAAAUUAAAUUUUUACUCAGUAGUUACUGGUGAUGAUGAAGUGAUACAAUAAUUUCUGGAUAACAUUCACAACAGAAUAUUUAAUAUAUCUCACAAGAAAAUGGAUUAACUUCUAAACCUGUCUUACUGUGGCUGGUUGAACUUUGAUAAAUUCACCAGUCCAAGUGGUUGUGAUCUUAUUUUUGUGUGAUAGUUAAAGUGGGGAGACGUGUGGUGUGAGGCUGCCUGUCAUCCACCAUAGUGAGAAACUUUCCAUAGUAUUGAAAAAUGAAGAUAUUAAAGAUGAGUGACGGUGAAGUGCAUGAGUAUUGUUUUACAUAGUGACUGGGGACACUCUAAAAAAUCCCUUGCAAAGGGUUGAUUCAUGCAGCAACCCCUACAAUGGGGCAUAAACUCUGAUACUUUAGUCAUUCCAUGUAGAAAGAAUGUGAGGUGAAUGUUUUCAUUACAAGUGUAUUUGAGUGUGAAGUUUUCUAAGGAGUAUGUGUGUUCAUCUAACACUGAGGAAACUAAUCAAGGGUGUCAAGUUAGUUUGUAAGUUUUUCAUGUACAGUGUGUGGAGGUUUACUAUGAUACCAUUAGCAUUGGUUUCUGUUGCUGGUAUGGCUGUGGUGGACCUGAGGAGAAUUGUAAAUGUUCACUUUGUGUGUUCCAUUUCUGUUAGGAGAUUUUUAGAAAAGAUCUGUGGUCUGUAUUGAAAUCAUAACAUUUGUAUUUAUUUUGUAAUUCUUCCCAUUUUGUAAAUAUUUUGUUUUUAUCAAUGUGUUUUCUGUUUUUAAGAGUAAUAUUAAGGGGUAUCAGAGUUGGGACAAUACUCUUUUUAGUAACAGCCUUUGUAUGUAUAAAGUAGGCAUUUAUACUAUAUCGAUGGGUCUAAAAGUUAGUGUAAUGCCAACUGAAACCUGUAACAAAAAUUCAGGUGUUUUUAGGGGAUAAAUAUUGCCCGCAGUACACCAGAAUUUUUUGUAGGUGUUUAAGUUCCUAGGUUCAGAGGCAACACAACACUUACUUUUAUACUCAGACAUACUAUAAAUGUCAUCUUAAUCACAUAUUUACUCAGAUUCCCAAAAGUGUCAUGCCAGCUUUAAACCCUUAGUACUACUCCUUAAAGUGAUGAAUUAUAGUACAGUAUAUAUAUUUAGUUUUGUAAUACAAAUUAGUUUUGAAUAAAGUUGAAACAUAUUUUCUUUUUAAAUUCAUGGCAGGUGGGAUUUUUAAUUAUUAUUUCCUGUUGUCUUAUUAAAUAACUUUGUCAGUUGUACUAAUAUGAAGGACAGCUCAUCCAAGGCAGUGAUCUGUAGGGCAUUAUAUAUUUAUAUAUAUACCCUGUAUAUAUAUAUAUAUCUGCAAGAUUAUGAAACCUCUACCUGUGCACAUUGUGAUAUAGAUCUAUGGGGAUAUCUUUUAAGAUAACAUUUUUAUUUUUUAUUUUUUUUAUUUUUUUAUUUUUUUGCUGGAUAUAAUUUAAAUAUAUCUUAACACUUUAUCUUCUUCUGUUAUUAGAAUGUUUGUCUACCCAUUUCUUUCUCAUUUAUUUAAACUGUUUACACAUCCAUACACAAAAUAUGAAAAAAAUAAAAUAAAGUUCAUUUCUUAAAUGUGAUAUUGUCACUUUACAGAUGUAAGAGCUACUUUGCAGUUGUUUGCAGGGGUGUAUAUGGCAUUUUGGCUAAAAGCAAUUAUUGUAGCUGUUGGAUAUAUAUAUAUAUACAGUAUACACAUAUAUAUAUAUAUAUAUAUAAUUUGUACCCCCAGAUUCAAAAUUAUUCAUAAUUUCUAAUAUUUUACUGUUACAAAUAUAUAUUACAUUUCAAAAUAUUGUAUUACGAUAUACAAGUAUGUAUAUGUUACAAUUUUCAUAAUAUUUGGUAAAAUUUCCGAGUAUGAGACUUUUUUUUAAUAUAUGGCACACAUGUUGCCAUGGGAUGCGACCACCAACUGCCCGCCUGCCUCAGUGUAAACAAGUACUAUAUGUAUCACGUGUGACGUUCACGGUCAGUUCAUGUUGAUCAAUCUUGGAGUGUACAUUGCUGGUCUACCGCACAAGUUUUUUCCCACUUGUUUUUCCAUCAUUGCCUAGUGUUUGAGCCCUGGAUACCUAAAUCUGGUACUGUACUUAGAAAAGUUAAAAUUUUGAUGGAGGCAGAUAAGGUAAAAGUACUGUCUCCUCCCCUCUCCCUCUCGGAAGGUGUCCCUCAUAUUUCAUAAAAGCUCAUAAUUUGUAAGGGCUAGAGCCCCUAUUAUUUUGAUUUAUGGGGUUUUUACUGUAUAUAAAGUUUUUCAUACAUGUUUUAAUUGGCUUAACUAUAGUUUUAGAUUAUAAAAAUGACAUUAAUGAUCUCAUGAAAUACUCUGAUGGUAAUUUUUUUAUUUACUUUUUUUAUUGAAGUUUUUUGGGAAUUCUACGGUUGAAUUAAUAUGAGCAACUAUAACAUGAAAGUAUCGGUGAGUUUUACUUUAUAUCAGCAUAGAAGACAGACAGGGCUGACUGCAGGAGAUCCUUGAGUAUGGCUGUAAGAAUAAAUUACAGUAUUUUUAAAAGUGAUGAACUUUCUGUGGGUGGAGCUCUGGCACUGUCACCUUGAGCUCCAGUAACUUCGGCUCAGUUACCUUUAGUGUUCAGUUGUCUUUAGCUUCCUGGAAUAAUUAAAUGUAUUUGUUGUAGCACAGAUGCCAAAAAAGCCAUAGAGAAAUAAAUUUGUUGUCUCUUAGUGCCUUUUCAAUGUCAGUAUCUUGCAGGAUUUGAAUUUUUUAGAAGAUGUUUAUUACCCAAAAUGUUGUAUGAUUAUAAUAAUGUUCUCAGUAACUUUUUAAGAAUGUAGUAAGUCAGAAAAGAUGUAAGUAGUUAUGACAACCUUUUUUUGGGUAUAGAAUGUAUAGGUAUUACCAUUGAUUCAUUUAAGCCUAGUGAGCAGUGUUCAGUGAUUGUGUCUUAAGAUACAAGAAUUGGAUUUACAAAGAUUCUGUAUGCUCAGUGAAAGUAACUUGGUAAGAUUAAGUCUAGAGUAAUUUUAAUGCCAUUUUGAAAAUUUUUGGGCUGUUGCCUAAGUCAGCCAGUUAAAUACAUUUUUACAUCUCCAGCUAUGAGGAAAAACUAACGUGCAAACCUUUCAGAAUUUGGACCCAAGUUCAUUAACUCCAAACUUGAACCUGAGUCCAGAGAUGAAAUAACAUAGGAUGGGAGUGAAUUUUAUCUUUAAAUUUUGAAAAUCUACUCAAGGCAAUUGUAUCGUACCUGUCUUGCACUGUGUGGAUGUAAUGGAAAGUCUCUGUUGGUACACCAGAGCUUCAUGAUCAUAGUUGACAGUUGUUAUCUCAGGACAUCAUAUUAUUUCUUGAACUUCAACAAUAUUUAAUCAUUUGACCUCUUUCAUGUAUUGUCUGUCCCUGGUCCUGUGAUAUAUUGGGUAUGUAUGAUAUUGAUAUAUCCAGUGAAACAAAUGAAGUGUAUGGUAACUAAUAUUUGAUAAGUUUUGUAAGCUUUAGUUAUUGUCUGAACAGUUUAUAAAAUUUGUGUUUAUUGUGAAAAGAUUUUGAUGAGCUUAAUUUUAUUAUCAUUAUUACUAAAUCUCAGUUGUUGUUUGUUGGUGUGUGUCACCUGUAGGCAGUUAGUAGGGAAUGUAACUCACCUGUUCUCUUCCCUUUGGCUGCCUCAAUUAUCUGUUGUAGGUAACUGUAUUUUUCUCAUUAUUUAAAAUUUUUAUACAUCUUUCCCAAAAUUAUUUUCUUCAAUAACAUGGCUCCCAGUUAACGAGAUUUUGCCUCAUGUGUUCAGUGCUGAGACACAAGAAAGGAAGCACAGAAAUUGUAAAUUUUUCUGGUUGUGAAAAAUUUAAUCAACUGCCGUGGUAUGGGAAAAGUAAAGAUCUGUUCCGAGAAAUUUAUGUUCCAUUCUUUCACUUGGUGUUUGAUAUUGUAAGUAGGAAUAUUUGUUGCUACAGCAUUUUGAUGUGUUCUCACUGGUGUAGAAACUUAGGCAACUAAAUAUGUUUUAUCAAUACUUCACGCCAGAUUUUUUGCAGUUUCUGCCUUAGUGGGACCACUGAUGGAAGGUUUCUGGCCAAAUUAGCCCAAACUUAAUCUAUUUAACUAUUAAGAUUGGACCCCCUAGUCCUGGGCCUCAUUUCUAAUGGUUAGGCUGGGGCCCUUUAGGAUUGGGGUCCAUUUGACCAGUACCUGCCAGAACCUCUUAAUAACCUGGCCUCCAGCCCAUGUUAUAAUGUAUAUUUUUUAUUUUUAGUUACUCAAUACUGUAGAAAAAUUUUUUUGUUACGGUAACUUUCUUUGUACAAAUCCAUGUAAAUACUGACAUACUUUUUACAGUGUAAAUAUUAUCUUCAAUAAAAUGUGAAAUGCUUAA